AGCGCGCCACUGGAAGAAUCAGCGACGACCGCAUACAAACAACGAACACAAACUGAUUUCAGUUUUCGCAUCUGCAAGAAACAACUACAACAAGUGAAUCGGAAUAAUGAGGGGAAAUUGGUUAGCAGUGUUGAAAAACGGCGUGGGAGGCAAUAAGGCAGCGUACGCAACCGCAACAGCACCGAAGAUGAAAGCGUACGCAGCUUCGGCUGAUUACGGGCGUCUGAACCAGCAAAAGAGGAACUCAACGAAACAGGACUUUGUGGCGGUGUACGUGGCGAUUGGGAUGAUCACGACGGCGAUGGGGCUGGGUCUCCACACUGCGUGGCAGCAACUGAGGAAUUCCCCAACGGUGCGCGUGAAGAAGCAGAGAAGAGAGACUCUCCCCGAAGUGGUGGAACCGGAGCACGUGGCGGAGGAGACCGAGAAGUUCAUCAAGCACUCCUUCUUCCGGAAAGUGGCGCACGUGCAAGAGCGCAGCUACCCCGACCACCACCACAUCCCUAACCCCGUUAGCAAAGAUGCCUACGCCCACACACCCCGUCUCGAAACUCUGAAAUCCGUUGGCAUUGAUCCUUCCCACCUCUGAGUAUUCUAAAUCUAACAAACUCUCACUUCUAUUGUAAAUAGCUCAACCACCUCUCUGUAAUAGUGGCUUUUGCUACUUUCCUUUUUCAAGUUAAAGAUUAGAAACUUCAAUAACUAUUUAUUAUUCAUGA